AUGAGAAUGGAUAGUAUUAUUAAGGCUAGGCAAUUCAAAAUAAAAAUAAGUAGUAUUAAAAGAAUAAGUUAAGUGUUUGUUAUAGAUGUUGCAACAAAACAAUAAUAAAUGAGGGAAAUUAAUGGACUUUUAGAUAACGUAAACAUUUUACCUGAAGUUUGA